AUUGGUCCCCACCAUGGUCGCGUCGUCCCCACUUUCCGCUUGCACGUAAAGUUACGAGAUCCCUGCGUAAAACUCAGGUUUCAGAUUUGCGGGCCAUGCCAAGAGCUUCCCAUUGACACCGCAGUGGCGUUUUCAGUUGCGCGCAUGCGUGCCGUACAAUCGCAUAAAAUAAAAUGUACAGUACAGUAGUGAGGAAAAGAAAUGGUGUACGCGCAGCGUCUCCUCGUAUCGUAUGCCGUUUCGCCUUGCAGUGAAUCUAAAUAAGAGUAAUUAAACGCGAUAAACAUUGCCGCUUACGGUUCGAAUUAGCAAUCGGUGCGGAACAAGCAGGAAGACAGGCGCUGGCAGUUCGCGAAUCUCGGUCACAAGUGCAUCCGGGUUAACGAUACUCUCUAAACAAAAAAAUCGAAAUUGUUUACUCCUGUCGAUUACUUUCAAGCCUCAAGCAUGACAGAGGAGCACCGGUUGCCGUCGGAUUCUGACGAGGACGAUGAGGACUAUGUGCCUGAGGCAGUGGACAGUGUUUCAGAGGCAGAAUCCGAAGGUGAGGCCGAGAGCGAUCCCGAGGCGGGGAAUGCGGACGUCGGAAACAAAAACAAAUGUCGGUCAAAGCAUAAACGGAAGACUAAAAGGAGAAGAGUCGAGAUAAAAUCAGCAGAUGAUGAUGUUAGGAAAGAGGAAGACAAGAAGCUUACAGAGGAGGAAGAGAAGAAAAGGGCUGAUUCCCUCUGGGCAGACUUCAUGAAGGAUACAGGUAAAGACUUAAAAACCAGCAUAGAUUCAAUAGAAUUUAUGUUAAAUUUCUUCUAUAUUAAAGGUACAGCAGCCGGGGCCAGUCUGCAGGCUCCUACCAAGCAAAUGAAUGAUUCCAAACCAGAGGAGAAGGUGAAAAUCACCAAAGUGUUUGAGUUUGCCGGUGAGGAAGUGAAAGUCGAGAAGGAAGUAUCAAUAAACUCAAUGGAGGCAAUGAGAUCGCCGCGGCUGGAAAAAGUAGAAAGCCUAGGGCAGUCGACGAGAGGCAGAGGCGUGAAACGCGGCGGGAUCUCGUCUAUACUUGGACAGCUUGGUAAACGAGCGAAGAUCAGCACUCUGGAGAAGUCAAAACUGGACUGGGACAAUUACAAGAAGCAGGAGAACCUCGAAGAGGAGAUCAGCACUCAUAAUAAGGGGAAAGGUGGUUACUUGGAGCGUCAGGACUUUCUGCAGAGGGCAGAUCUUCGCCAGUUCGAAAUCGAGAAACAAAUGCGCACCGCCAGCAGGCGUAGCAAUCGGUGAAUCGGCGAGGAAGCGAGAGAGAAAAAAAGAGACUACGAUCAUUCCAAUCGACGAUAUAGACUUUGACGCUUGUAGGACAUUAUAUUUUCGUUUCACUGCCUCCGAUCUUCGUUUCGUUAAUAAAGUAUUUUGUAAGGGAACCUGAUUGUAAAAUAGAACACGAGUUUUAUUAGAAUUUAAGGCAGCAGCACGCUCUCUCUCUCUCUCUCUCUCUGUUUGUGUUUCAACCGUGGAAUUUCACUCGCCGUCCCUGGAAUUAUUUACAAACAAUAGGUAACUUCGUUAAUUACUCGUACAUUUUACGUUUCAUUUUACCGAAUUAUUUCUAAGAGAGAUUUUGGAGCAACAUCUUCGAACGGGACACGUCCUACAGGGUCUCCUUUCAGAGUCGUUAUUCCUUUUACCGCAUCCUGGCCUGUAAAACGACAAUUAAAUAGAAUUCGUUUAAUCGCUGGAUCAUUUAUUAUUGAUUGUAUUAGCUUUUGGCAUCUGGUAAAAGGAUUCUUGAGGCCGUGGAUCUUUUUACGCAGAUUGGACAGUCCCCUAGCGAAUAUGUUCCUCCUACAAAUCGUGGGAAUGUCUGUUUUAAUCGUUGAGAUUCUAUCUUUGAAGAGCAUCAUUUUUAUACUGACUUCGAUCUUGCCGGCUUGCAACGGCAGACGCGAACCUCACUUCCCCUUUUCUUUUUCUUUGACAAACAGAAAAUUAAGAUUGAGUCGAUACAUACCAAGUGUCAAUAGUCAUUCCUCUAGCUUCAACAAUUUUUUCUCAAAAACUAUGGAGGCUAUGUAUAUGAUUCCUGAAUAUGUUCCAGAUGUAGCAUUCCUCUAGUUUUAUGAAUUUCAGCUUCCUAUCAUAAAUACCUCCGAUUUUAUAACUAUCCAUAUAUAACAUGAUUUUGAUAUUGUCAUUUCUUAAGAUUUCAAGGUUUAUGAAUUUUUUUUUCAAAAACCAUCGAGGCUAUUUAAAUAAUUACUGGACAUAUUCCAGAUAUAGUAUUCUUAUAGCUUCAGGAAUUUUCACAACCUCCUAUCUUCGAUACUUUUCUCUCUACAUUUAUUUAUACGAAAUGCAAUUUUAAUAUUGUGACUCAAUAAGGUCGCAAACUUUGCGUGUUUUUCUCUCAGAAACUAUUGAAGCUAUUUAAGUGAUUCUAAGAUGUCUCCUAGAUAUAUACCAAUCCUCUAGCUUAAUCAAUUCGUUCACCUCCCUUAGAUAUCAGACGAAUUACUUUAUUUUUCGCGCAACAGCACUCGUCGUAUUUAGCGAGGAUGGUGCAUUUGGAAGGGCACUUGCAGCGUUUCUUCACGGUCAAUGUGGAGCUCCCCUUCCGCACACAGACGCAGAGCCCGCUACUCGCCUGAGUCUUCUUCUUUUUCUUCGUGCAACGAGUCCUGCAAGGGGACCCGAAACGCGACGACCGACAGGGCGAUUGUACGCACCGGGAACGUUUCCUAGGCUUCCUACGGGUUUCGCACGCCUCCCCGCAGUGGCAGGACCUCUUCCUUGAUCCCCGACACGGGGAUUUCGAUCUAAAACAUUUAUGCUCAGAAUUCUCACUAUGAUACUGUUUUUAUAAGUGGACAAUGCUUGAUUCAAAUUUCAUUUUACAACCCUUGGGUGUAGCAAAGUUUCAAAGAGGAACUUGGUUAGAGAGUUCAAGCUUUAAUUUCAGUAGUGAACAAACUGAAUCGGACCAUCAUUAACGAAGUUAUUAACGAUCGCAGUCGAACAAUUUUUCUGAUCUGACCUAUCAAGCUUUAAUUUCAAAACACAUUUAUUUUGUCUCUAGAGUUCUAACUAGUAGCGAUAUCUCACUGCGAUACUAUUUUUCUAAGUAGACUAGGUUUAAUUCAAAUUUGAUGUUCAACCCUUAGGAGUCGGUUCGAAGAAGGAAUCGGGGAAAGUAGAGAGUCCAAGUUUUUAUUAACGAUUGAAGUCGAGCAAUGGUUCUGUAUCAAGCUUUGAUUUCAUUUACCGUAGUCUCGGGGUCGACGUCGCGCAGUCCACAGUCGCCUGACACUUCUUGCUAAGCUCUGCGAUGUACCCUGGCCUUCUUCUCGGUAGACUUGCUUUUCGUCCUCCUCUUCGUACCCUUCGACGUGCUCGCUGAACACGGUCUAAGAGAAACAUCAUUCCCAAGAAGGAGAGACAUGCAUCUCGGUUUCAGAGAACGCCGGGCAAUUAGUCAACUCGUUUGUACGAUGUUAAACGGGAAAAAUGUAUGCGACCGUGUUCCGCGGUUGUAGCGCCCCGGGUGGGAAGCGUCCUCCUGUUACAGUGCCCGAUCCUCCUGUCAACGAAACGAUUUCUCAUUCGUUACGAGAGCUCUCGCCGUGAAUAAGUACUUCAAAUUAAAAAAAAAAACAUGGAAGUUGCGAUGCAUUGGAAAGCGGAUGGAUUGGAUAUCCGAUUUUCGGAGACAGUGCCAGGGAAGAUGAGAGGAUAUCCAGGAAGGAGAACGCGUGUAUAGGAGCGUGUAAAUACUUGGACGGACGUUGUACGUGUGUACACAUUUCGGAGAUUUAAUAGCCGACGGAGAGGAUUAUUCGUGGACACGUGGCACGUGAGGGCGGCGGAGGAAGAAGAAAGGAUGGACCAGGUGGCUGCAGAUGACGCGGAAACGGAGGAACCAUUCGAUGAGGGAAACCGUAGGAAACGGGGAGAAAGAGAAAGAGAGAUGCUUAUUUGUGUUCUUCUUUUACUUGGAAUCAAGCUCCGCCCUAGUUCGAUAGAAAUCGUCGAAAAACAAAAUCGACGAGCUUCUCAACAAUUAAAAACAAUUCCAAACUCUGUU